CCGGUGUGUAGCGCCAUCUCGCGACAUUUAUAAAAAAUUGAAAAUCCGGGAAGAUUAAAUUUGGAAAUGACAGAACAUAACAUUUCAGGAUCAUCUCUGCAAAUCGUCUUUAACCAGCUUAAGGAUGUUUUGACUGCACAGAAGAAACUAGUGGACCGUAAAUAUUCAAAUGUGCCUUCAUCAAAGAGCUCUGGUAUUGAACAAUCAGAAGUUGACAGACUUCAACAAGAACUUGAGGAUGAAAGGAGAGAGCAUGAAAAGACAAAAGCAUUGCUAGCAAGCCAGUCGGACAAAUUUCAGUAUGCACUGGGUGAGAUUGAGAUCCUGACAGCUCAGCUUACCAGAGAAAAGAAGCUCUUUGAAUCAUCGUUUGGUAGGAUCAGUGAAAGAGUGAAGAAAGAAUCGUCAAAGAGUCAGCAGCUGGAAACAAAAUGCACAACUAUCAAGGCUGAGAAAGAGAAGCAAGAGGAGAUACUGGCCUUCAAGGACUCCAAGAUCCUGGAUCUCAAGAAACGUCUUGCUAGUCAGAAAGAGAAUCAUCAACGGCACCUGGAGGAAGUCAAGAUACAGAUGGAGCAGGAGGCUUACAUUAGUCGUAACCUAUCAGCCAAGCAAGGGAGAGAUAGGACUCUGAGGAACAGUUCUUUGAGAUGACACUGUAUGAUUCAUCAUUGCCACUUGGGAGAGGUUGAGAUGCAGAUGGAACAGGAAACCUUACAUCAGUCAUAACUUAUCCACCAAGCAAGGGAGGGAUGAACUCUGACGAACAGCUCUUUGAGAUGACACUGUAUGAUUCAUCAACGCCACUUAGAAGAGGUUGAGAUACAGAUGCAGCAGGAGGCUUACAUUAGUCGUAACCUAUCCACCAAGCAAGGGAGAGAUAGAACUCUGAGGAACAGUUCUUUGAGAUGACAUUGUAUGAUUCAUCAACGCCACUUGGAGGAAGUCAAGAUACAGAUGGAGCAGGAAGCUUACAUUAGUCAUAACCUAUCCACCAAGCAAGGGAGAGAUAGAACUCUGAGGAACAGUUCUUUGAGAUGACAUUGUAUGAUUCAUCAACGCCACUUGGAGGAAGUCAAGAUACAGAUGGAGCAGGAAGCUUACAUUAGUCAUAACCUAUCAACCAAGCAAGGGAGGGAUAGAACUCUGAGGAACAGUUCUUUGAGAUGACAUUGUAUGAUUCAUCAAUGCCACCUGGAGGAAGUCAAGAUACAGAUGGAGCAGGAAGCUUACAUUAGUAGUAACCUAUCAACCAAGCAAGGGAGGGAUAGAACUCUGAGGAACAGUUCUUUGAGAUGACAUUGUAUGAUUCAUCAACGCCACCUGGAGGAAGUCAAGAUACAGAUGGAGUAGGAGGCUUACAUUAGUCGUAACCUAUCAGCCAAGCAAGGGAGAGAUAGGACUCUGAGGAACAGUUCUUUGAGAUGACACUGUAUGAUUCAUCAAUGCCACUUGGAAGAGGUUGAGAUACAGAUGGAGCAGGAAGCUUACAUUAGUCGUAACCUGUCAACCAAGCAAGGGAGGGAUAGAACUCUGAGGAACGGUUCUUUGAGAUGACACUGUAUUAUUCAUCAACCUCACUUUGAAAAGGUUGAGAUACAGAUGCAGCAGGAAGCUUACAUCAGUCUAUCGACAAAACAAAGGUGAGAUAGAGCUCAGAGAAACAGUUCUUCAAGGUAACAUGGUAUAAAUCAUCAACAUUAUCUGGAAGAAUUUGAGAUACAGAAGCAGCAGUAAAUGGAGUGAUUACAACUUUCAAUAAAGUUAGGUCUUUCUCAGUUCAAGUUGGCUUCUCUGAUUUUGUCGUAUUUAGAUCAACUUGCAGAUUUCUGUACUUACAGCUGCUCUCCUGCAGGAAUACUGCAACAUUUUUUUUAUUUUUUUAUUACCAGUCCAUACAUUUCAUCAUAGACAAAACGAUUGGUUGGCAGGAUUCCUUGUAAAAGAUGCAGUACAGACAUUUGGUAAGGUGUUUGCAAGUGCCUGCACAUUGAAUGCAUGUACGAUCCAGACGCUAGUCUGAUAUUAGGGUUCAUAUUAACCCUAAAAUGACCGGGGGGGGGGUUGAAUCAACCCCCCCCCUCAACAUUUUCUGCGAUCAUUUCGCCGUGCGAAAUUUUUUUACCGCGCCACUCACAGAGUUUAUACUUUCAAGUCUCGCGCAUCUUUUGAGACCAAAUUUGCGACGCCCGGGUACGCGGUUCCGAAAUUACGCAACAUUUCGUAAGUGCAUGUCAGACCAAAAAUUGUUCCAAAACGUGAUUUUGUGUACAAAGUCAAUGCAAAUUGAGUUUUCUCAUCUUAUUCAUAAAGAUAUGAUUAUUUUUGCUUUAAACAGCUGAAAUCAAUUGAUUUUAGCAUAAUUAUGCUUCAAAAAGGUUGUGCAAUAAAUCUGGUG